AUGGGUUCCAUCAGCUCGAUGCCUCCUAUCGGCAAGGAGAGAAUCACAUUUGAGGAAUGGCUCGACUGCAGCGGCGUGCUCUACGACUGGGCCGACUGCUACGACAACAAGAACUGGUACGGCUUAAUGGACAUUAUCGCGCCAAAACUCACGAUCGACUACGACAAAGUCAAUAACGCCAAAUUCACCGACCUCCCCUCGGAAAAGUACAUUGAGAUGAUGGCCGACCCGCUGUUCCUGGGCGACGAGCUCAUCUCGUCGCAGCACCUCAUCGGCGCGACAAAGUGGGAGAAGGUGUCGGACGAGGAGAUUGUCUCACACCACCAGUCGCGCGCCGCGCAUCAGCGGUUCGAGGACGUCCGGCGCAAGGACGUUGCCGUCAAGGGCCACGGCCAUGGGACCGUCACCACUUUUUACAAAAAGGUCGAUGGCCGCUGGAAGUGGGCGGGCAUCAAGACAAAGGUCAUUUGGAAUGAGUUUGAUUUUGAGCAUGUCUUUCGCGGCGUCGCGGGCAAGGAGUGA